AUGUUUAUCGGUGGCUUGAACUGGGAGACAACCGACCAAUCGCUUAGGGAGUACUUUUCACAGUUUGGCGAAGUCACGGAGUGCACUGUCAUGCGUGAUGGUGCAACCGGACGCUCUCGUGGUUUCGGUUUCCUCACUUUCAGAGAUCCAAAGACUGUCAAUAUCGUCAUGGUCAAGGAGCAUCAGCUCGACGGCAAGAUUAUUGAUCCCAAGAGGGCUAUUCCUCGCGACGAGCAAGAGCGUACUAGUAAAAUCUUUGUCGGCGGCGUGUCUCAGGAAGCCACAGAGGCAGACUUCAAGAACUUUUUUAUGCAGUUCGGUCGCGUGCUUGAUGCUACAUUGAUGAUGGACAAGGAUACUGGUCGUCCUCGCGGUUUCGGGUUCGUCACCUUUGACAGCGAGGCUGCCGUCGACCGCACUCUCGAGCGCCCUCUGGAAAUCCUCGGCAAGUACAUUGAAGUUAAAAAGGCUCAACCUAGAGGCAACCUACGUGGUAACGAGGAUAACAACGGCAACAGCAAUGGCGGCGGUGGGUUCAAGAAACAGGGUUUCGGCGGUGGCCAGCAAGGUGGCUUCGAUCCUAGCCAGCAGGGUGGUAUGCAGCAAGGCGGACCUGCUGGUAUGGGUGGCAACAACAUGAGCCCUGCUAUGAUGGCUCAGUACUGGCAACGCAUGCAACAGUACUUCCAGAUGAUGCAGCAGCAGCUGGCUACUAGCAUGGGCGGUGGUGGCAACCCUAUGAUGGGUGGUGCCGGUGGCAUGAACCCUCAGAUGAUGCAGCAGAUGAUGGCCAUGCAGCAGGGUAUGGGAGGUCAAGGCGGCAUGAACCCAGCUAUGAUGCAACAGAUGCAACAAAUGCAGCAGCAGAUGCAGAUGCAAGGUGGCGGUGGUCCCCAAGGAAACUCCGGCAGCCCAGCACCCUCCGGCAACCCAAUGUCACCCACAAACGGCGGCCCCGGCCAACGUCCCGCCUACAACGCCCAAGAACAACUCGCCUUCGAACAACAAAAGUAUGAACGCCAACAGCAACAAACCCGCGGCAGCAUGCCCGCCGCCGCCGCAACCCCCAACAGCAGCAACGGCUUUCAACCCUCCGGCUCGCCCACAAGCUGGGAGGGCAUGUACGACGACAUCCCCGCCCCCAACCAAGGCGGCGGUCCUGGCAGCAGCAAUGGCGGAUUUGCUCCUCGUGGCGGAUUUGGCGGCAGAGGACGCGGCAGAGGGGGUGGUGGGCACACUCCCACGCCCGCUGGUCCCUCCAACGCACCUGCUAAUGCACCCACAGGCCCCAAGAAUGCCGGAAGACCUGGCGCCAACUACAGAGGUGGUGGCAGAGGUGGUCACCGUGGUUUCCACCCUUAUGCUCGCGGCGGCGGUGGUGCUUAG